AAACCCUCCUCCUCCUCUCUCUCUCCCCCUCGCAGAAGAAGAAGAAGAAGAUGGGAGCGUGAGCAUCAGCUUCUUUUGCUUCCUUGCCCCUCAAGUCAAUAAACAACCCAUUUCUCCCUCUCCUGUAUCCUCCCCAUUUUCACUCCAGCAUCCGUAAACCUUCUCUUUCAUCAUUCACUUGUCCCCCCACACAGAAUUGUUUGUAGCUCGUUACAAGAAUGGCGAAAGCGCGCCCAAUUGGGCUAAUCUCAGCCCUGGCUGCCUCUGCUUCCGCCUCUGCUAGCGUCGCAUACGCCGACGGCCCCUUCAGCUUCAACCCUUUCUCCGCUCCUCCUGCCGGAGCUCCUCCUCCAACUUCUGCCGAUAAACAGUCUCCAACCUCUGAAGUGGGAUCUACGGCGCCGAAUGAGCCUCCUCCCAUUAGGGUUAGAAAUGAUCAGCCGAGGACCUCAUCCGCCGGGUUUGAUCCCGAGGCCCUUGAGCGAGGUGCCAAGGCUAUCAAGGAGAUCAAUAGCUCUUCUCAUGCUAAAAAGGCGUUUGAAUUAAUGAAGAAGCAAGAGGAAACAAGGCAAGCUGAGUUGUCUUCAAAGACUGCUGAGUUUAAGGCAAUGCAAGCUCAAGCUGAAACUGAGAGACAAAGGGUGGUGUAUGACGAGCAGAAAAAGUUAGCACAAUUUCAAGCACAGACGAAGUCUCAAAUGGCCCGCUAUGAGGACGAAUUGGCAAGGAAGAGAAUGCAGGGUGAAAAUGAGUACCAUAGAGCUAGGAAUCAGGAGCUUGUGAAGCUACAAGAAGAAUCAUCAAUUAGGCAGGAGCAAGCUCGACGAGCAACGGAAGAGCAGAUUCAGGCACAACGACGCCAAACAGAGAGGGAAAAGGCUGAAAUCGAGAGGGAAACAAUCAAAGUGAGGGCCAUGGCUGAAGCAGAAGGUAGAGCUCAUGAGGCAAAGCUAGCUGAAGAGGUUAACAGGCGCAUUCUAGUAGAUCGUGCCAAUGCAGAAAGAGAGAAAUGGGUUGCUGCUAUAAAUGCAACUUUUGACCAUAUUGGAGGUGGUUUGCGGGCCAUUUUGACAGAUCAAAAUAAGUUGGUAGUAGCAGUUGGGGGAGUCACAGCUCUUGCAGCAGGGAUCUAUACGACAAGGGAAGGUGCAAGGGUUAUAUGGAGUUACGUCGAUAGAAUUUUGGGACAGCCAUCACUAAUCAGAGAAUCCUCUCGAGGGAAGUACCCAUGGUCGGGUGUGAUUCCUCGAUCCAUGAGGAGUCUAGCUCAUGUAUCUGAUAAAGGAUCCUCAUCAAAUAAUAGGAAGGGUUUUGGCGAUGUGAUUCUGAACUCUUCGCUUGAUAAAAGAAUCCAGCAGCUUGCCAGUGCUACUGCCAAUACAAAAUCCCAUCAGGCCCCAUAUCGCAAUGUGCUCUUUUAUGGCCCUCCAGGAACUGGAAAAACAAUGGCUGCCAGAGAAUUGGCCCAGAAAUCUGGAUUGGAUUAUGCCUUGAUGACUGGUGGAGAUGUUGCUCCAUUGGGACCGCAGGCUGUGACAAAGAUACAUCAGUUGUUUGAUUGGGCCAAGAAAUCUCAGAGGGGCCUAUUGCUUUUCAUCGACGAAGCAGAUGCAUUUUUGUGCGAGAGGAAUAAAACUUACAUGAGUGAAGCACAAAGAAGUGCACUCAAUGCGAUGCUAUAUCGAACAGGCGAUCAGUCCAAGGACAUUGUUCUUGUUCUUGCCACAAACCGUCCUGGGGAUCUCGAUUCAGCUGUAGCAGACCGGAUUGAUGAAGUCCUCGAGUUCCCUCUACCGGGGGAGGAGGAACGGUUUAAGCUUCUAAAGCUAUAUCUGGAUAAGUAUAUUGUUCAAGCUGGGUCAAGAAAAUCUGGAUGGUUUAAGAAUUUGUUCAAGAAACAACAACAGACGAUAGAGAUUAAAGGAUUGACUGAUGAUGUGAUAAGGGAAGCCGCAGCUAAAACAGAAGGAUUCUCAGGUAGAGAAAUAGCCAAGUUAAUGGCUGGUGUCCAAGCUGCUGUUUAUGGGAGCGAGCAAUGUGUGCUUGACCCUGCCUUGUUCCGAGAAGUAGUGGAUUAUAAGGUUGCAGAACAUCAACAGAGAAGAAAGCUAGCUGGUGAAGAGACAAAUGGCGCGUGAUAUGCUUUAUCAAUUAUCGGGUCGGAGUUGCAGAGCUUCAGUCUAGGCAACAGUUGAUACGGCUGGUGAGAGCACCACUUAGAGCUCUGACCACUUACAGCGGUUUUUGGAUCACUGCGAGAAAACUCGGGGACGCCCCCUUUAGUCACGUUGGAGUUACAUGGCUAACUUAUGAGGAGCCCUACAUUAUGUAAUUUUUUCAGGGGGCUGAGAUUAUUAUUAUUCCCAUUUUCCCUUGUAAGUGGGGGAGUUUUGAUAAGGACUUUAGUUGUCAGUAGCGAGCGAUUGUUGG